AUGCAGGAUCGCCAAAAGAAUGCACCUCCUGAGGCACGGAAUGUAGUGAACUUCCUCCGCAACAAGGCGGGCAUGAAGACGCGGCCAGGCAUUGUGAAUGGCCAGCGUGCCGACUAUUUCAAGGGCAGCGCGGCCAUCAAGGCUGUGUUGUCGCCCGAGUAUGCCAAGCUGAAGAAUGUGCCGGCUGUGGCCAGCGAGGAAGAGGCAGAACGUAUGCUGCAUGGCCUACUACCAUACGCGUUCUACUUGAAGGUGGAGCGUGGCGCUGUGCCCGCAGCGAAGGACAAAGACCAGGCCGCUCGCCGCCCGUUGCAGGUGGUACAGAUGCAGAUGUUUGACCGUGAAGGCUACUUUGUAUGGCUCUUUGAAGGGUCGCAGCUCCUACAGAAGCUGGCGGGUCUGGGUCUGAUUGCGGUUUUGCUGGCGGCUGUCAUGUUCCCACUCUGGCCCAUGUUCCUCCGUCGCGGUGUGUACUACCUGAGUCUGGGCGUGCUGGGUCUCUUUGGUCUGCUGAUGGUGAUUGCUGUGAUCCGCCUGAUAUUCUGGGUGAUCACCAUUGUAGUGGCGCCGCCUGGCAUUUGGAUCUUCCCGAAUCUGUUUGCAGAUGUGGGUGUCGUCGAAUCGUUCAUUCCCCUGUGGGCAUGGGAUGUGCCGCCGCCCAAGAAAAAGCUCAAGCGCACGAAGAAGAAAGGCAAGAAGGCCGUAGUGGAUGGCGAUGCGCCUCAACCUGACGAGACGGCGGACGCCGACGUAGAGACGGCCACUGCGACGAGCACGGCCGUGGACCCCGCCGUAACGACCAAGGCGGCGAAUGCCGAGGACGCGGCGCCAGCGGCGGACGCCGAGGUAGCGGCCUCGGCUGCGUAUGAUGAUAUCAACUAG